CUUAAAGAGAAAACAUUAACUCUUAUCAAAAUGAAUCGUUGGUGUCUAUCGGCUUUAUUGGUUACAGUCUUAGUGGCGGUUGUGUGGGGUGCCCCGAAGAGUUUGCAGGAUAACAUAAAAAUCCUUAAGAAAAUUGAUAUUGAGACGGUGUUGAAGAAUGACCGAAUUAUUAAGGGCUAUAUCGAUUGCGUCACUGGUAAAAAGGGUUGUACUCCUGAAGGUGCUGCGUUAAAAGAAAGCUGGAAAGAAGGAAUCGACAAAGGCUGUGAUGAUUGCGACGAAGAAGAAAAAAGAAAAAUAAAGAAAGUUGUCAAGCACAUUUAUUUAAAACACCCUGAUUGGUAUGAAGAAGUAGCAAAUGCUUUAGAUAAAGAUAGGAAAUACCGUACAAAGUACCAAAAAUACAUUGAUGAAAUAGUUGCUGAUAAGACCAUAUAAAUGAAUGUUAGUAUUUAAGAAACAUGUUACCAAAUUGUUGUUAAGGAUGAAAUUUGUUUUGAAUAUUGUAACUAUUAAUUAUAUGAAUCUAAAUAAAAGACAGUAUUAAAAG